CUGGGAUUGUACAGUUUGUGUCUCUUGAAUAUCAUGCGUAUCAUGGAUCUAGUCAGGUCCUGAAACCCGAACUACUACAUUGUCCACGGGAAGUUGGGACCAAAUCUCGGCCCAUGUGCAGUUCCUUUACAAGGUUAGAUGACGAAAUAGACUCCAACAGCAAAGAUGGAAUACCAAGAAGAACAGAAGCCUGAUCCUAGAUCUCCAACUCAGUUUGGAGGCUCGAUGGAUGGCGGUGAUAGCAAUGACUCGGCUCUCUCAUUACUGGAUGAGAAACGCGAGAAGCAUUUGAUUCGCAAGAUUGACCUACAUAUCAUACCUUUUGUCGUUCUUCUAUAUCUAUUUAGCUUUCUUGACAGAGUUAACAUUGGCAAUGCCCGUCUAUAUGGGAUGGAAGAAGACCUGGGCCUGGUCGGAGAUCAAUACCAAAUUGCAGUAUCUAUUCUGUUUGUAACUUACUGUCUCUUCGAAGUGCCGUCAAACUUGGUUAUCAAGAAGCUUAGGCCAUCACGCUACAUUGCGUCGAUAUCGGUUAUGUGGGGCAUCAUAGCGACUCUCACAGGGAUAACCCAGAAUUAUGGAGGCCUUAUCGCUUGUCGCAUCCUUCUAGGCGUCGUGGAAGCCGGACUGUUUCCCGGAAUGGUUACAUAUCUCACUAUUUUCUAUAGUAAGCGUGAAAUAGCACUGCGCACGGGCUACCUUUUCAGCAGUGCAGCCGCUGCCGGCGCAUUUGGCGGACUUCUAGCUUACGGCAUCGGCUUCAUGGACGGCGUCGCCGGUUUACGAGGUUGGAGAUGGAUCAUGAUCAUAGAAGGCAUUCCAACUGUCAUACUAGGGGGCCUAUCCUGGUUCUUUCUUGCGGAUGACCUCGAUACAGCCUAUUACCUGGAUGAUGAGGAGAAGGCCCUAGUAGUUCGGCUUCGUCGUCGCGACGUGGGCCAAACAUCGUCCGCCCAAAAAUUUCACUGGGCAGACGUCAAAGAAGGUGCGCUGGACUGGAGAAUCUACGCCUUCUGCAUUGCUCAAUUUGGUGUCGAUACUAUGCUAUACGGGUACAGCACCUUCCUCCCCACCAUUAUCCAGGGCAUGGGGUCGUGGACAACGCCCGAAGUGCAAGCUCUUACGAUUCCUUGUUAUGCUGUGGGCGCAAUAAGUUAUCUGAUAAUUGCGUGGGCGAGCGAUAGAACUCAGCGUCGCGGAGUAUUUACUUGCAUCUUUGCCGCCAUAUCAGUGGUGGGCUACGGAAUCCUGAUAUCGGAUUCUUCGUCAGGAGUACACUACUUCGGCGCCUUGCUUAUUGCCCUAGGAUUAUAUGUGGCUGUCGGAUUACCUCUCGCAUGGCUCCCGACCACUCUUCCUCGUUAUGGAAAGCGUACAUUCGCCACGGGGCUGCAACUGACUUUCGGCAACGUCAGUGGCGUCAUGUCUCCUUUCCUAUACAAGACGAAUGAAGCGCCGCGUUAUGUUCGGGGUAAUGCAGUGACUCUGUCGCUGGUUGGAUUUGCAGGUGUUGUGUAUGGUCUUAUGUGGUGGUACUACCAUGGCAAGAAUAAGCGCAGAGAACAGGGAGUGGAAGAUGAGAAGAUUGCAGGGAUGUCAGAAGAAGAAAUUGAGGAAAUGGGAGACAGAAAUCCUCGGUUUAGAUAUAAGCAACAUGACGACUGGAAUCUUAACCAACACCUUGGCGGAUAUGGGCCCUGGGUCGAGAAAUCCGCCGGAGGCGUUGAACUACAGGGGGUUGACGUACCGGACAGUUGCACAGUCGACCAGAUACACAUGAUGUCGCGCCAUGCGGCGAGGUAUCCAACCAGGUCUGCAGGAAACCGCCAUCUUGCCCUUUUGGAUAGAAUCCAUAAAGCAGGGAUUCCGCUGAACGGCUCUUUGUCAUUCCUAAACAACUGGACCUACAUCACCAGUAAUCCAGAACGAGACUUCGAGCAAUUGACCACAACCGGUCCAUACGCUGGCACUCAUCAAGCCUUCGAAAUUGGAGUCCGAUUCGCAGCCCGUUACGGACACCUUAUUCCGUCCGAUGCGAAGACAAAGUUCUGGGCAAGUGAUUCCGAGCGCGUCAUUGAAACAGCCCAACACUUUGCCUCUGGGUUAUUUGGGUCUGACUGGGAAAAGGUCGGAAAGGCCGCUCUAGAGAUCAUCCCAGAGACAUUUGAUCGCCGCGCUGAUACACUCACACCGGGAGAUACCUGUCUAAGCUACCUGGAAGACGAAGAUCGUGGCCAUGACAACGGCAUCAAGAUGCUCACUUUGUUUCAGCAGGCGUAUAUCCCGUCUAUUGCGGAGCGACUGCUCGUAGAGGAGGGCAACCGUGAGCUUGAGGGGUUCACCAAUUGGGAGGUCUUCAGCAUGCAGGAAAUGUGUGGUUUUGAAACGACUGUACGGGGCUCAAGCCCCUGGUGCGAUGUCUUUUCGCGCGAAGAUUGGAAGAAUUUCGAAUACGGACGUGAUUUAGUCCAUUACUAUCGUGGAGGCCCGGGAAAUCCUUACGCGGGCGCAAUGGGCUGGCUUUGGCUGAAUGCUACAGCGAAUCUUUUGCGAGAUGGCCCCAAGGCGGGUUCAAUGUUCUUCAGUUUUGUCCACGACGGGGAUAUAGCUCCUUUUUUGACUGCGCUAGACAUAUUGAAAGAUGAAAAGUACGACCCAUUUCUUCCUGUCACACAUCGGGCUGAAGACCGCAAAUGGUAUACCUCAACUGUGAUGCCAAUGGGCGGUCGGGUCACGCUUGAACGGAUGGCCUGUUCGCCAACAGAUCCUGCCCACAAUAUGAACGAGACAUUUCUCCGAAUAAAUAUCAAUGACAAGAUUGUGCCGCUGCCAUACUUCUGUGGAACAUGCUUUGUUCAGGAAUGCUGGCCUACGCAGAUUUGCCGCAUGAGCUGA